AAAUAUAGGAAUUAUUCCUCCUGUCUCUCCUUUCCCAGCUUCAUAUCUAAAAACAAAAGAACUCUCGCACUUUCCCCUUCCUCUACGUCGACGGUGGCCAGAGCCGUCGAUCGCAGCUCGCCGUCCUUCCCCGUCGGUCCCCUCUCGCCCCUAGUUCUUCCGCGUUAAGAGUUAUGUGUGGAAAAGGGCUUCUGGGUUUCUCUCACUCGUAUUGGCAUCUUUGUGGAAUAGAGCUUUUGGGUUUCUGGUUCUAGAGAAGGAAUUGGAAUUGGAGCAGAGUUGGAGCAGAACAAGAGCAGAGUUGGAGUGUGUGGGUUUUUGGAGUCUUUGAAAUCUCUCAUAGAAGGAAUUGGAGUGGAGUUGAAUUGUGCCUGGACUUCGUCAAGUUUGCAGGCCUUCAAAUUUACAGGUGUUGUGAUUCUUAAAAUGGACAAGUCAUGGAUUAGAAUUCCUCGUAAUACACCAGAAUAUGUACAAGGGUUGAAUAAAUUUUUGGAUUUCGCGUUUGAGCGUAACUCUGGCAUAGAUCAUAUAUUAUGCCCUUGUAGAAAGUGUGGUUUUAAGAAGUUGAAGAUAAGGGAUGAGGUGUUUGCCGACUUGUUACGUAGUCCCUUUCCCAUUGAAUACACGGUUUGGUAUGGUCAUGGGGAAUCACGUUCAGGAGAAUCCGCCCAAAGCUUACCUAUUCUAGGAGAGGAGGUGCAUGGCAAUGAGAAUCCAAUGUACAACUUGGUAACUGAUGCAUUUAGGGCUCAUGGAGAUUAUACUUUUGAAGAUACUUCCCCUCCGCAUGAACCUUUGUUUGAAGAUGAUAUGAUGUUAGGCUUGAAUGAAGAGUCAAAUGUUGAGGCUAAAAGGUUUUGCCAACUUUUGAAAGAUGGGGAAGAAGUAUUGUAUCCAGGAUGCAAAAAGUUAUCAAAAUUAUCAUUCUUGAUAAGACUGUAUAACAUUAAGUCUUUGUGUAGAAUCACUAACAAAGCUAUGUCUAUGCUUAUUGACUUGUUGAGUGAUGCUUUCGAGUUUGCAAACAUUCCCAAAUCAGAAUAGGAGGCAAAAAAAGUCAUGAGGACUCUUGGACUUUCUUAUACUGAGAUACAUGCUUGUCCUAAGGAUUGUAUGUUAUAUUGGGG